CAGGUGAUUGGCAUUGGAAAGGCGUACAUUUUAUCCUUUUUCUGCCUCAUGGACAUCAUUGGCACCUUGUCCCUCAUCGUAGAGUUUUCAGCAGUGAAGACGCAGAUGCAACAGAACAGCUUAACCCAGAACUCCGUGGUGAUGCGCGCCACCCGCGCCUCCAAGAUCGGCGCGCGCGCGGGGCGUCUCACGCGCCUCGUGAAGUUGAUGAGAUUCCUUCCAUUUCUGCGAAACCGGAAGCGUGCCGAUGAUGGCAGCACUGCCAAGGUGAUCAGCUCAAAGCUCAUCAGCCGAGUGUCGUCCAUCGUGGCAUGCCUCAUCAUUUUCUCAGUCCAGGUGCUGCCUUUACCUGGAUCCCUUGCAAUGCCUUCUCAGGACUUGUCUAUCCAGAUGUGGACUGCGCACCUUCAAAAUAUGCUGGAGGAGGGAGAAGAACUGCUGGUCAUCAACGAGGUCUUGACGGAGUUUCGAGCAUUCUAUGAGCGCACGUCCUACAAGCCUUAUUCUUUCCUGAAUGGCACAGAGGUUCUCUGGCAAAGUCGUGGUCCCAGUUUACCAGAUCGCAGCAUGAGGAUCGAGUACGGUGCAGCUGUAGUCCUAUUCGACUUCACCUACCAAAUACAGCUCGAAGCUGGGAUGAACAUGAUUGUGAUCACCUCAACGAUCUUUUUGAUGGUGAUAUUUUCCCUCUUGAUCUCCAGAGCUGUGUCCAAACAUGCACUGACGCCUUUGGAAAUCCUCUUGAUGAAAGUCAGGAAGAUCGGACGGCUGAUUUGGCUCCAGGUGGAGUCUCUUCAAGUGCACUUGAGCAAAGGCAAGUCUCAAAGCGCUGGCAAUGACUUCCAGGAUGCGGACGAGACAGUGUUGUUGAAAGAAGUCCUUAGCAAGAUCGGCGUGCUGAGUGCUGUGAGGCUCAUGCGCCCGGAUGAGGAUGCGCAAGCGCUGGCCUUCUUGGGCGUGGCACAGAGCGAGGAGCUCCGUAGCAUGGCCCCCAGGGAGACGCUGGCUGUACGCCUACAGACGGUGAUCCAAGAGACUCUGGAAACCUUGGAGGUGGAGAACAUCACAACUUGGAGGUUCAAUCCGCUUGACUUUGAAGACACAGAAACCGUGCCUUUGGUUUGUGCCAAGCUGCUCUCCACGUGCAUUCCUUAUCCACUGAAAGCUGCAGGGGUCACCGAAAUGGAGAUUUCCGCCUUUUCGGAGAAGGUUCAAGCUGGAUACUCCAAGACGAUACCGUAUCACAACUUUAAUCAUGCAGUGGAUACGAUGCACUCUGUUUAUGUGAUUCUUCAAGAAUGUCGAGCGGUCUUCUCUGGUGUGGAAGUGUAUACGUUAUUAAUGUGUGCAGCUGCCCACGACAUUGGACAUCCUGGCUUUAGCAAUGAGUUCCUUGUGCAAACCCGGCAUGAGCUGGCGUUGAGAUACAACGACUCGGCACCACUGGAAAACAUGCACACAGCCAGACUUUUUGAGAUUCUCCGGGACGAGGACUGCGACAUCCUUGGGGACCUCGAUGAGGCCACGCGCAAAGAUAUCCGGAAGAUGUCCAUCGAGGCGAUCUUGCACACGGACAACAGCUGCCAUUUCAAUGAAGUGAAGGCUCUGCAGAUGAUCCAUGAGGUGCAUGAUGAGGAGUUCAAGAACACAGUCUCGACGUACAUCCCAGGAGAUGAUCAAAGUGAGUGGCCAGUUCAGGAGAUCGUCGAGAUCUUUGGAGAAAAGGAAACGCAUGAUACGAUCAGGAAUGUCCUGCUACAUUUCGCAGACAUCUCCAACUCGAUGAAGCCUUUCACCAUUUCACGACUAUGGGCCGACCUGGUCUUGGAGGAGUUCUUCUUUCAAGGUGACAAGAUGAAAGAGUUGGGUCUGCCUGUGCCAGCCCUUAACGAUCGCCAGAAGACUUCACGUCCAACAUCUCAAAUUGGUUUUAUCGAGUUCAUCGUAUCACCCUUGGUCUUCACCAUUGUGAAGAUUGUCCCUCCACUUGCUUUUGCAGAACAGGCCAUGAUGGGAACCGUAAAAUAUUGGUUUGAACAGUGGGCGUCAAGCGCAUCACCGUCGAAGAGUGAGUAUCAACAGAUGGUUGAUCGGGUGAAACGCUUGUAUGAGAAAGCCACCUUUGCCAAGCAACCAACGGCCCUCUUCAAGCGCUGGAAGUCGAUCUAGGCUCAUGCUGAGAGACGCCGGGUGGUCUCAUAGCUGGUGUUUUCAUCAGAAAUCGGUCCAAAGCCUUAGAGCUGUUGAGAGCUU